UUGUCAUAUUAACUUCCGUACAUCAACACCUUCAUCUAUUUUCCUUGAACAUCAACUUACUUUUUUCUCCUAAACUCACGCGGUGGAAGCUACAGCCAAACUGGGGUGUAAAAGCUAAACCUGCUUCUUCUAGAAAUGAUCUAUCCUCGCCUGUAGAUUACGCGCGCGCCAUCUAAAGCGAGGGAGAUAGGUAGAUCCUUCUUUGAUCAUCACAAAUACUGAUUUCUCUCUGUUUAAGCGGCGAUGUCACUCUUAAACCAGCUCUUCAACCGUGGAGUUUUUGGUGCAAAAUGCAAAACAUGUUUGACCUUAGCUAUUUCGCGCAUCAAAUUACUGCAAAAUAAGAGAGAUCUGCAGCUCAAACAUAUGCGCAAGGAGAUAGCUGAAUUCCUGCAAGCCAGACAGGAAGCAAUUGCUCGGAUCAGGGUGGAACAUGUGAUUCGAGAACAAAACAUAUGGGCUGCAUAUGAGAUAUUAGAGCUGUUCUGUGAGUUUAUCCUCGCACGUAUUCCAGUUCUUGAAAGUCAGAGGGAGUGCCCAAUAGAACUGAGAGAAGCUAUUGCCAGCAUAAUUUUUGCUUCUCCAAGAUGUUCGGAAGUUCCUGAUUUGUUACAUGUGAAAAAUUUAUUUGCUACAAAAUAUGGGAAAGAAUUUGUCAUGGCUGCAUCCGAGCUUCGUCCUGAUUCCGGUGUCAACCGUACAAUUAUAGAAAAACUUUCGGUUAGUGCUCCAUCGGGGGAGGUAAAGCUCGAGGUUUUGAAGGAAAUUGCACGAGAGUACAAUCUUGAAUGGGAUUCAUCUAUCAGUGAAGCAGAGCUCAGCAAAAAACAUGAAGAUCUGCUGGUAUUCACUCCAAAUUUGAGUUCCAUGGUUUUUUUUUUUUCGUUCACCAGGCCUAUGAUAAUCUUCUGCAUUCUUGUUCUAUUUUGGAUGAGAGUCUUCAUGCUGAGGCUUUCCAGUGAUACUCUUCUGAGUAAUCUUCUGUAUGAUCCUAGCUUCUUUGUGCAUUAUCUUGUGUAUGAGGUCUCUUCAAGACAUUCAGAGACUUGCUACCAGCUGUUAUCCUUCUUGAUAAAACCUUUUAAAGUUUUCACUGGGGCCUGUUUCGGUAUUUUGUUUCCCAAGAUCAUCGUGAUACCUAGGUGGUCCGUAGAUGUUGGCCGUCAUGUAAUUGCUAACAUUCAGGGCUUUUGGAUUCUCUCCUGUUUGAUCUUUACCUCCUUUACUUCUUUGCUUUUCUGCAUUUGCACUAAUAUUCCAUUAGUUCAGUAUCUUUACCUCCUUUACGUCCUGUUUGACGUUUGACUUCUUAGCAUUCGAAGGUCAAUAUGUUCUUUCUUUUAAUAUUCCAUAUUUUCCUUGUUAUCAGUCUUAAUACAAAUAAUUUUGCUGCUUGGCUCUAAUAAUCAUUUUCAUUAGUUCAUUCUGGAUAAGUUUUUUAUUUUCUUUUUGUUUUUGUUUACAUAAGAACUUUGGAUAAGUUAUUAAGGGUAGUUAGCUGCCUAGUGAUUUUUCAUUGUAAUGACUGGUAGGGGAAUCUAGUUUCUAUUACAUGCAUAUUAUUUUAAUUAAGAAGAAUAUGAUUUGCAUUUAUUUCAUGGGUUAAUAUCACAAAGAGUGGAAUCAAUUCAAUGUAAAUCUUUGUGAGGCGACUUGGCAUGUAGGAAAAACUAUCACCUGGUGGCAUGGGAUGAGGUUGAAAUGCCUGUGUCGGGGAGGUUUGGGUUUGGGAUCUUUAGUGGAGGUGAAUUUAGUCUUACAGGAAAGUGGCUUUGGAGAUUCAUGAAUGAAAAUGGUAAUAUCUGGUGGAGGGUGAUUGAGGCGAGGUUUGGAACUAUGAAUAGAGAGUGGUAUAUCAAACUAUUGACUCGACCCCAUGGGAAGGGAAUGUGAAAAAAAAAAAUGCAUGGACAGAAAUAAAGAUUAGGAUUGUAUUAGUUGGAGGGUUGGCAUUGGGGAUGGGAUUAGUUUCUGGUGUGAUGCUUGGUUAAGAAGGGGUCACUAGAAGAAUAAUUUCACCUAGAUAUAUGCUAUUGUGCAGCACAAGAAUAUUUCAAUCCACGAGUUGUAUAGAGCUAUCGGGGGGGAAGAGGAGUGGCAUGUGGAAGUGAAGAAAGACUUCAGUGAUUGAGAAGUAAAUGACUAUGAGACUCUCCUCUAAACACUUUUUAUUGCUGCAAUCAAUGAGAAGAACUAGAGACUCAAUGCUAGAGGGUUUCCUCGUUUAGGUUUUUCUAAAAUCAUUUGAUUAAAAAUGAUGCCACAAAUACCAUUUUUUUUCUGGCAAAUCUAGAAGGUUAACGCUCCACUCAGAGUUACUUUCUUCGCGUAGGAAGCAGGUAGAAGGUGUAUUCUUACUAUUGGCAAGCUGAUUAGGAGGAGGAAAAUAUUGGUGAAUGGAUGUUUUUCUAUGUAAAAGGGAGACAGAGUCGUGUAAUCACAUCCUUCUUUGGUGUCCGCUGUGUCAUCUUUAAUCUCCACUCUUGCUUUGUGUCUAUGCCACCUUGGUUUGUCAUUGCUUGCAUCAUCAAUAUCUUCUAUUGGCUAGAUCAUCCACAAACCACCCCUAGAUACUGCUUCAAAGAAGUUGCCAGACUUGCUGUUGUGAAAUAAAACUGCACUGUUUUGCUCCCGUAUAAAGAAUCUUUGUGCUUGAUCCAUUACCAUUUGAGAAAAUUCUUGUUGUUAGAGAAUUUUAAAUAAGAGAAUGCUUUGAUAUUAAACAUUAUGGGUCUAAAUAAGAACUUGGUAUAGGAUGUUGAUUAAUAGUAUGACCUUUUUAAAUGAGAACCUAACGAUAAUCAAGAUCUUUUUUUCUAAAUUUAUCCCCAUUUCUCUUUCCUUUCUACAUAAGAAUUUUAUUCUUACAAUAGUUGAAACUAUUACUUCUAAAAUCUAGGAACUGACUUACAGUGUUAACACUAUUAAACCCUAAUACCCUGCUUUUUAACAAGUGGCAGAAAAACAAUAGAACACAAAUCUGCUAUAACUGACAUGUGGCAGUAAACUACCUUAAUAGGAUAAGGAACUAAGAAAGAGUGCAGAUAGAAAUGGGACAGUUAGAGAACAGAAAAAGAUAAAUCUAAUCCACCAAUCAUAAGGAUUGGGAAGAACCAUAAUCUAUAGGGCUGUCACAACCACAAUGAUGGGGUUAGAGGAUUGUU